AUGUCUGGAUCUCCUCCAGCAAAGCCCUCGGAGCUAUCCGCAGAGAUCCCUCGGGGAUAUCCUCCCUCUCUCGGAUUCACGGAGCGGUCUGCUGUGCCGGUAUUGGAGCUAUCGCAAAUACCGGUUAAUGAGCCACUGUCACGGGGAUAUAACGAACAGGGACCGGUGUAUGCUGGAUCUCCAUUGCUAGCAGGAGCACCAACAUUGGACCCAACGCAUCCCACAGGCCGAUCACUAGCACAGAAAUCAACCCGACGUACAAAGGCCCAUGUGGCAUCAGCUUGUGUCAAUUGCAAGAAAAAGCAUCUUGGAUGUGACCCAGCCCGUCCAUGUCGAAGAUGUGUGCUUGCUGGAAAGGCUUCAACAUGUGUGGACGUCACGCACAAAAAGCGAGGACGGCCCCCAUUAAAAGCAGAGGAUUCAUCUGUCAAGUCAUACACCACGCACUUGGAUAACCCGGCUGUCCCAGCGGAGGCUCAGCCAACUAUGCCCCCGCGGCGGACCGCUAUGCAUCGGGCCACUUCUUCACGAGAACUGCGUCCCAUGACGGAUCUACAGGGAUUGGGAGAUGUCAGCUCGGGAAUACGGACACCACACCGGUGGUCCGCUUCGGUAUUUCCUCUCACGCGGCCUAUGGACCUCUCGCCCAAUGUCCCGGGUAUGAUUCGACGCCCAUUCUCUUCAUCUGGACCGCCAUCUUAUUCGGUACCGACGCACUCACAUGUACCUUCGCCGUACAUGCCAAUGGCAGGGUUGAAUCCGGUCUUAAAAGUCAACACUAUGUCCGGUGGCAUGGAUCGACGAUUCCAAACAUACGGUGUCCCAGCAUUACCACCACCAACAUCACCUCCUCAACAUCAGCCACCACCAGUCGGUAUGCCCUUUCUACCGUAUACUGAGACGCCUGGCAAUCCUAUCCGCCCAACGGCAAAUGAUUCACGGGUAUCACUAUCACCUCGGGAUCCAUAUACCGUCGAAUCUCCAGUCCGGCUCCCCCCAAUCCACCAAGCCACAGCUGGGCCACCCCCUCCUCACCAUGUCCAUCGCCUGAGCGACCCGUACCCAAUGAAUUGGACUCUCCCAGGCCGGGAAGAACCCCUUUACGACCCCCGCGCUCUACCUCUCCACAGAUCUGCAGGCCCGGUCUUCAACUACCCUCUCCCCCACCAACGCUCCUCCUCCAUAACAAGCGCAACUAUGGAUCCCAUACCCCGCCACCUUGGCCCAGUGGAACUGCCAUCCCCGAUCCAGAUAGCAUCUGGCCACUCGCCUUCUCUGACGAGGGCCGAACCGCCCAGCAUGGAAGCUGAAGGUCACGACAACAGACCGAUCAAACGGCGCAAGAUGGCCCUGGAUGACAUGGUCAACGGCUAA